AUGCUUGUUAUUCAUUCACCCCACUCGAAGUGUUCAUCUAUGGAGUUAUUCCAGGAUUUUAUAGUUGCACCAAUGGAGACACUUGUUUUGAUAUCGACUUUAAAACAGGUGCCUGCGGGAACAAACGGGGGAGUCAGUUCUUUGGGGCUUACCGUUGGAUUCUUGGGGUCACUUCUUAUCGGCUUGGUUUGUUCCAUUUCAUUCACCUUUUUCUGUGGUGUCCACCCGACCAGUUUUCUGCUGAUUUUGUUCAGUGUGACUUUAUCAGGCGUUUUAGGUAAUUUGCUUGAUUCCUUUUUGGGAAGCACAUUGCAAUACUCAGGGUUUGAUACUGUUACAAAUUGUGUAGUGAGACAACCGGGAGAAAAUGUUAAGCACAUUAGUGGAAGGGAUGUCUUAGGUAACUCUGAGAUCAAUAUUAUAACGUCGAGUGUAGCGGGAUUGAUCUGUGGCGGACUAUUCUUAGUCUUAAAGACAAUCAUGUGA